CUAACUUUUCUUUCAGGGUCCGCUCCUCUCACAACUGUUCAGCUGGUUUGGGUGAAUAUGAACUCUAGGUGCAUUGGUAUUAGACAGAACCUCUAACUGUAGCUUGCAGUGCUCAACACCUUAAUUUUCAAUACCUUUGUGUUCUGCCAGGUAUUCAAUGAAAUAAAUUGUUUUCCGCGGCAUGUUUGAGAGCUGGGUUUUCAUGGCUGUCAUAGUAGUCCCAUGAGAGUAGAAUGAAGCGGUGGAAUCAAUUGCGAAUGCCAUGAGGCCCAUGAGUAGAAUGAAUGCUUUACGCUUUGUCAACCUUCCUCUCUCUUCCCUUACCAUUUUUUUGAAGCAUUUCAGAUCUUUUGUUUUGCAAAAUAAACCAACAUGUUUGACAAAAAGGAGGAAAAAAAAAACUAGUAGUGCGUGACAGCACGCGACGAGACGCUGUUGUUGUCGAUGUCGUGUCGUUGGAUUCUUGAUCGAUCAACGCAAUCGAAGAAAGCAAAGCGCCAUUAUUAUUUUUUAUUAUUUAUUUUUGACGUUGGCUGCUGCUCUCAAGGCUCAAGCUCACUCCUUUUUUCCUUUCAGCCCCUCAUCUUUACUUUUUCUCAAAUCGUAGAAUAAGCUUGGAGCUUCACACUCUCAGUUCAAGAUCUCUCAAUUGGAACAGUAGGUGGGUUUGUGUUUGAGCUGAGCUAUUGCAAAUGGAGAGUGGAAUAGAAGGUGAUGCUCCUUUAGAUUAUGCGACCAUUCAGGUUUUUCCAACUGAAAACAGGUAUGAAGCUUUUGUUUGCGGUAACAACAAAGUAGAAAAAGUGUCUAAUGGGCCACUGGAACAACUCUUGCCACAUUUAUCUGGAGUGAACGAUUUGUAUGCCAAAAGAUCCAAUUCUACAUUUACCCUUGAACAUCCAGAAGAAUUCAGUCAUUUAGCAUGGUUCACAAAAUCAACUUUAAACAGAUUCCUGCAAAUUGUGGCUUCUCCGGAUUUUUUAAAUACUGCCAAGGGUAUAGAAGGAGAAAUAUCUCAAUUGGAAGCAGCCAGAAAAUUUCAGUUAUCUUUAUAUACACAGGGCCGCCAGAAUCUGUCUGAAGGACUGGACGCAGGCUGCAAUACAAUUGAUACAACGACAAAUCUGAAACCUGAAGUUGAUAGUGCAUCAUCAGACGCUUCAAAGAAUGAACUGUUGCGAGCUAUAGACUUGAGACUCACAGUACUAAGAAAGGACUUAACUGCAGCUUUAGACCAUGCUGCUGGUGCCGGCUACUCAUGUAAGGAAAUCAGUGAACUAGUGGAGUUCUCUGGACAUUUUGGAGCAACAGAUUUGAAGAACAUUCUCUGCAGGCUUUUGGCGGUGAAUCAAAAUAUUGAUUCUGAUGACCACGUAAAUGAAGGCAAGUCCUCCGUCACAAGUAAUGUACAUAAGAUGGAUAGCGACAUUCAGACAUCAAAACCAGUAAGGUCAGUAACUGCAGUAAAAUAUGGUGUGUCCCCGGCAAAAGUUGCAGAGAUUGAGAGGCUGAGCUCAACAGAAAGUGAGGUGUCUUCUGACGAUAGUGAGGAAAAUAGAACAUCUGCAGACAGAAGUCGAGCUCGCAUAAGAUCUGCAUCAGCUAGACGGUCAGCUUCACCAAUGCGAAGGAUUCAAAUAGGGCGAACUGGUUCACGCAGGCCAAAUUCACUCACUGUGAAGAGCCUUAGUUAUUAUCCUGGUAGAGAAAGGUCAACAUUUCAUAGUGAUGUAGCGGCAAAUACAAGUGGAGAUGAAGGAUCCGAACAACUUAGUCAGAAACCUGAGAAUAAUGCAAGGAGCCUAACUGUUCAAGCUGCAAUAAAUCUUUUUGAAAGCAAACAGAAGAAUCAAACUGCAGAUGUUCGUAACCGGCUCUCAUUGACAAACAUCUCUCUUUCUGCCAAUAAAUCUGUGCUGAGAAGAUGGAGUGCAGGUAUGGAGAAAUCUUCAUCUCAAGGCGAGAUGGAAGUUGCUUCUGAAGACUCUGAUACAAUGAUUACCAAUGGUGUGGAUGGAAUGGGUUCAAAUUCUUUGGUAGAAGUAAAGCAAGAGCCUGAUCUAAUAUCAGGACUUCAACAAUAUCCUGUUGAUACUGUUGCCCCAAGUACAGAUAUUCAAAGAGGAGAAAAAAUGGGACCUGAUUCUGUAAAUAUUCAGCAGGAAGCUAUGGCAACCGAAAAGGUGAAACCUAAUGGAGAAUCAACAGCCUCAUUAGAAUGGAGCCGUCAAAAGGAAGCAGAACUAAACCAGAUGAUGAAAAUGAUGGAGGAACAGCCUGUUAAAAACACAAAGCAUCAACCUAGCAGAAACCAAAAUCUCCCAUCAGAGCUUAGAGGUGGAUUUUAUAACCACUACAAGGAGAAGAGGGAUGAGAAACUUAGAGGGGAAAAUGCUAAAAAGCGGACAGAAAAAGCUGCACAAUUUAGAGCAAUGCAGCGAAUUCUUGAUGAAAGGAAAGCUGAAAUGGCCUCUGCAAAUAUGAAUGAUGUUGGUAAAAAACUCCCCCUGCGUAAGCCCCAAAACUCUCUAAAGAGCCUGCAUCAUAAUGAAAAUUCCAAGAAAGAAACUGCAAAAUCUUCUGCUACAAAGAAGGUUUCAUCUAAACCAUCCCCCUUACCUGCAUCUCGUAAAUCAUGGCCUUCAACACCAUCACAAAGAUCCACAACAUCACCUGCUAAAACUCCUGCUGGCAUUUCAUCUGGGGGUAUUACACCCACACAGAGGAAGUCACAGCCAAAACUCUCACUUCCUCUUACAAGCCCAAAGGUGGAAAGAUCCCAUUUGCAACCGAGGAAUCCUAAGGAAAGCCUGCCCGUUAAUAACAAGAGUUUGAAGAGUGUGAAUGAGAAAAAGCAGCAACCAGUGAAAAAAGUUGGCAGAGCUGCAAAAGCCAAAGUUGAGGUUUCUUCUAGAGAUUGCUCUGGUGUUGUUCCAGCAAAGCCUAGUUUCUAUAACAAGGUGACUAAGAAAAACAGUGUAGUGCCACUGGAAUCAAAGUCCAUUCCGCGUAAGGGAUCUGGCACCGGUUCUAGGGUAGGUCCUCUUGUCGAGAAGAAAAAAAUUUCUUCUAGCUUAGAGGAUUCUUCAAAAAACUGCAUGACUUUGACCAAAUCUCAGGAAAAUGAAGUGGUUGUCAAAACUUCUGCCGAAAUGUGUGAGGAUCAUCAUGAUGCCCCUGUGGAGUCAGAAACUCUAGCAAGCAGCACACAGAGUUGUGAUGAGAUGGAGAAGUGUAACAAUGAAGCCGCUGAAGUACAUGAUAACUUCCAAAAUAUGGCAGAGCCUUCAUUGGAAAUUCAAGUGGAAGAAGAGUUGACAAUCUCCCCCACUGCCUGGGUGGAAAUAGAAGAGCAAGAAGACCUUCCUCAUCCUGGUGAAGACUGCAAAUCUCUGCUUCUGUCACCUGCCAAUGGUGCAGCAAUUGGAUUGCCAAGUACUCGAGUCCGCCAUUCUCUUUCGCAGAUGCUGCUAGAAGAAAGUAGUGAACUCGACAACAUUGAUUGGGGAAAUGCGGAAACUUCUACUUCCAGUGUCUCUGCAAAGGAUGCUCCCAAAGGAUUAAAGAGGCUCUUGAAAUUUGCUCGUAAGAGUAAAGGAGACGCUACUAUAACUGGUUGGUCAAGUCCAUCUGUCUUUUCUGAAGGAGAGGACAAUGCCGAUGAAUCUAAAGCUUCAAGUAAGAGAAACACCGACAAUCUACUGAGAAAGGCAGCUCUUAGUGUAAAAAAUGAUGGGCCACAAAGGAGUUUGCCCUAUGGAGGAAAUGAAAGAUAUAUGAAUGCUAGUGAACUUCCAUCUGCAGCUCAACAAAAUAGAAGUAAAUUUGAGGCGCAAAGUUCCCAUAGGUUGCGUAAAGGCAACGGCCCAGCUUCAACCUCUGCGACUAAAGGAGCGAAGUCAUUCUUUUCGCUUUCGGCAUUUAGGGGAAGCAAACCUAAUGAAGCAAAACUUCAUUGACUGUGAGAUGAUUGUGGAGAAUAGGUCAUUAACAUUUGCUUUCACCCAAAACCAUAUCCAUAUGCAGGCUAUAUGUGGCUCGACAAAUACACUUUUAUGUGAUUGUCAUGUAGAUUCAGUGUCAACUUAUACCAGUUAGCUAGCCUUUCCCUGUAUAAGAAUCACUGAAUUGUUAUGCAAGUCGGUAAGCCUUGUUAACUGUGUUUAGGGUUUAUAAUAUCAAGAACUGUGUUUUAGCGCAAA